UAAUAGUAGAGGCUCUUUAGAUGUAUUAUUUUCCCUUUGCACAAUUAAAAAAAAAAGCCUCGCCCUGUUUAUUUACGUUUCUAACCAAUCUCGUGGAUAUCCCAUAGUUCUCCGUCGUAAACACAAAUUUGUUAUGGCCGCCAGUAUAUCUCAGACUUGCUACGACUACAAGAUACACUUGCUAGAGGCCAUCAGAGAGGGUAAAAUUGUUCCUGUCGCAUUUGAAAAGUGUCCUUUAUGUUGUGAGAGUAGAGGCGGUCUACUAUGUGACAGCUGUGUGAAUUCUGGAGACUUUACCCAUACACAAAGAAAAGACGGACAAAGAUUCAGUCAGAAAAAAUUGGAAUGGAUCGCGAAAAAGAAAGAAAGGGAAGCUUUAUGUAAAAGGUUUGAAUAUGAAAUAGAGAACUUUGAGAAGACAAAUGCAAAGAAAACUGAUAUAGAGCUACUGAAGAAAAAAAUAUCUUGUUUAAAAAAGGCCAUUAAAGAGACUAAAGCAAAAUGUGAAGCAGAAAAAAUUGAAUUAUAUAAAAGCAAGAAGAGAAGGAGACAAGCUCAAGCAGUCUUAGAGCAGGAUCAUGCUACUGUCAUCAAAAACCAAAAACAGAAGGUUUUAUCCUUGUCAGAGCUUCCCACUCAGCGGCUCCCUAAUCUUGAAGAGCUGAAAUGUGUUGAGUUCAACAAAGACUGUGAUGUCAAACAACUGAUACAGCUGGCAGCAAAGACACCACAAUCUCAACAGAGGGAUUUGAAGGAUGGUACCUGCAUUGACCCAAAGUCUGUUCCCAUACUGAUGAAAGAACUAGAGCUCUACCACCAGUAUUUAGCUUACAGGAGAUCCUUUUUUCUUGAGACUUUAUCUCAUAGGAUUUUUCCAAUAAAUGAAGUAUUUGGUGACUCUGAUCCCCUAGAAAUGAGCAUGGCUACAGCCCUUAAAGAUGCCUGUGAAACUGCAUUUAUAGGAGGCCGCUGGGUCCAUGGUGACCAUAAAGGGGAGAAUCACUGCACCAUUGUUGGUUCAACUUUAGCAGAUUACAGUGGGGCUUCCUCUGCUAUAAGUCUAUUUGUAAUGUUGAAUAGGUAUGCCUUAGACAACCCAGUAAAGAUUCCAGUUGGAAACCCAAGCUAUGGUGUUCAGUCUGCACUAACUUAUACAACUAUGUUCAUCACAUUGGCUGCCAAUGUUUUAGAUGUUCAUCUACCCAGAAAGUGUUCCUUAAAAGAGCUCAAAGACAAUAUGAACGAGUCAGAUUUUUGCAAUUUUGUCUGGCGCCUGCAUCAAAACAUUCUUCACCUUGCAUAUAGUCAGAAUGUUGACCCUGAAAAAUUGCUAAAUAAUCUCUCUCUUCACAAUGUGCUUGCUAUUGUACAGUGUCCCACACUUGGCAGGUGUGGACCUUUUGUGCCAGAUUAUGAACUGCCUGUAGCUGUCGACCUCUGCUCUCUGGAAUAUGAAAGUGAAGAAGACCUUGACCCUGCCUCAGCAGAUGUGGAAUUGUCUCGAGACUGGGAGCGUGUACCUUCAAGUCUGCCCAGCUAUGACACCAUCAAUAUGGGCUACUCAUCACCCCUUGACAACAACACAUCCACUGCAGGAAUGAUUUACAACACUGCAACUAAAGCAGCAGCAAGUUUGACAGGAUGGACUGGAUGGUUCAGUUCUUAUUACUCAAAGAAAUAAUUUGAUAUGAAUUUACCAACACACUAGAUAAUAUUCAAUGGGCUUUAAAAGCUGAGAAGACAUGUUAACCAAUAUCAUUUUGUGAAGAAACUGAUUUCAAAGAUAUUUCAUAUUGGUACUUAUAAACUUAUACAGAAAAUACAAAAUAUGUAUACUGACUGUAUGACUUGGUAUUUAUUAGUGUUUGAAGUGGUAUUUGUUAAAUUAUAAAUCUACAUGGAAAAGUUAUUGAAAUUGUAAAAGUUAAGAUACAGAAAUGUAAUUUUGAACUAGUCAGCCUGAUAUCAGUUUGCUAAUUAGCCCUAACUGUUCAACUCCUUUGUUGUGUCCUGCAUGAGUGCAAUACUUUUGAUAAAUCUUACAUUGGUAAGCCAAUUGUUGAUCAAUUGCAACCCAGUUUGUCCUAGUGAUGUGACUGCAACACACUACGAUUAGGUUUUCUUCAAGCUUAAUAGUUGACAAGUGAUCUUUUGAUAAAAAGAAGCUGCAUUGGUGAUUUUAUGCUUUCUUAGGAGAAGCUACUUUCCUACUACUCAGUGCACAAGACACCUAUAUAUAGAGACAAAGAAAGAUGGGAACGCCUUGGCCAGGUUCCUUUUUUAAGAACAGUACCAUGAGAGAUUUUAUUUUAAUUAUGUGCAUUAAAUUAUAGUUGCAAUAACUAUUCUGUUAUAUUAAUAAAUUAAAAAUUAUGUUUACAUUUCCCAAAUGUUUGCAUGUUUAUGUAUAACAUAUGCAUAUUUGACAUAGAUUUCAGCUACUUCAUAUCUGUAAUGUAAUUUAAACAAUGUCAUUUUUUUAUAGGUGGUGGAAAAUAUUAUUUAAAAUUGUAGCUGCCAUAAUGUAUUCCUUCAUAACAGAUGGUAUUAUUAAAAACUGCCAUAUUUAUUAUAGGCCAGAAUUUCAAACUACAUUGGAUAAAUGUGAAGACAUAAAAAAAAUGUGAAAUUUAUUUAUUUUUGUCAACAUUCCAAUGAAAUAAUUGAGUGCAUACUUUAACCAGUGAACACACCUGUCAUUACGAUUUAGGUCUUUUCAUGUUUAUGUCAUUAAAAUUAUCUUUUUUAAAAUAAAUGCUUCAUGAAGGAAAGCAAGAACUUUGGGCCCCAAUCAAGAAAAUGUUUCGCACUUUAAAAAAAUGAAAUAAAAAGUUCUUGUUAUUUGAUUAGAUGAAGCUAUGGAGCCCCUUCUUCAUAGUACAAAGAUUAGCAUAAUCUCAUUUCCUAUGAACUCAUAAGAUGGCUGUGGAUUCAAUAUUCACUUUGAAAAACUGAUGACAUUCAAAGCACAAGAACUAAUGAAGAUAAUGCAGCAGUAAUUUCUUGCCUUGCUUUUUUUUUCUUUGCUAUUGGCUAUCUUCAUGGUCUGAGACAACGCUGACUGAUCCAAAUCACAAGUAGUGAUGUGCUACUCCUUCCUAGUCAUUAGAGAGCUCUUGAUAUGUUGACUUGAGAACACUUUCUUUUUUGCAGCUCACCUUAGAAUUGCUGCUAAGGAUUGUCAACUAUAAGGCAUGCAGACUUUUUUUUUCUUAAGCCACCUGCAAGAUGUUGAAAAUGUUUUAGCUAUAGUUCAUGCCAACUGGUGUAUUUUGUGUAGGCAGUGUUAAUAAAAUGAAUUCAUUAUUUAAUGUGGUUGGACUAUAAAAGUCAAGAAAUCUGAGACAGAACAGUGAACUAUAGCUUAAAAAAGAGUACAUUUAAUAGGUGUUAUUUGACCAUUAUGUUUGCCAGAACCAUGUCAGUCUUUGUUCUCAUUACUUCUGUUUUUGUGGGCAUUAUGUACCAUUACUGAUCAAUACAAAGUUCCCUAAUGUAAUGGCAUUAGGUUUUGUUGCUUUUUAUUUUAAAAAAAAAAGAAAGUUUUUAAAAGGUGUGAAAGAUUAGGGACAAAUGCACUAAAAUUGACAAUAUUAAACUCAAGAUCCUUCUAUUAACUGGCCAUGGGACAUGGAAAGCAGAACAUUGUGCAAUGUAUUCUAAAUUAUAUUCACUUGAAAAACUUGUAAAAAAUCAUAUGUUCUACUUACAUCUUGAAUUGGAACCUACUUUUAAUGCCACAAAGACUGCUACCUCCAGUCUGAGGGUUUGUAUAUACUAUUUCAUUUUGGCUGUUGUACAUACACUAAUAAACAUGUAAGUACUGGUACCUAACAUAACAAAAAUAGUACUUGAGGUGAUUCUUUAAAGUAUGUUUUUGAACAAAGGUGUAAUUUUUCUUUUUUGUAAGUUACAUGCCUAUAAUCAAAGGUUUAUUGAUAAUGAAAAAAAAAGAAACUAAACCACAAUUACAAAUAUUUGUACAUAGACCUGUAAUUAGAAACUGUAUAUAAUAUGAUGCCAAUGCCUUUCAAAUGUGUGUUUUAUUAGUUUCCGUCAAGGAAUGACUUCUCUGAAAUUGUAUGACACUAUUACAUCCCUCCGGUGCUGUUCUAUCAACAUAUGUUCAAACUGUGUACAGCUUCUUUCUAUAGUUUUGAGGAAAACCUUUGUAUUACUCUGUAGACAUUUUGACUUUUUGUUUUUAUUUAUCAUCAAUAAAUUCUUACAAAUAUUUCAA